AGAGGGGUAAUGAGGCAAGGAGGCAGACCUUAUGGGAUCUUGAAGACCACUCUAAGAAUUUAGUGGAGGGUUGUUUGUUUACUUCCUCUUGCUCCAACAUAUAUAAGAUAAAGAAAAAUAAGAGGGAAGAGAAGGUGAAAGACCAGAGAGUCUAGAGAAGGCAGGGAUAACAUUAAGACCUGUAUCUUUCAGAAGGCACCAAGAGAUCAGAGUAAUGAUCAGCUAUGGUGAGCUGGUUUGGCUGCAUGCAAAUAACUCUCAAAGACUGGUGGAUUUCAAGGAGAAGCUGGCUGUACCCUCACACACAUACCUUGGAAAGAUGAAGCCCCAAUGAUCUAGAGCCUCUUUUCUGAUGGUUAUACAUAAAAUAAAAGAUAAGUGCUCACAAGGUUAAAUUUCCGGAAAGCCCUCCUGGAUGUAAGACAAGGGCGGGGUGUAAAACGAAAACAAAAGUAGCCUGAGUUGGAGAGUUCAUUUGAUUUUACUCUGCACUCAAGACUGCUCCUCUCUGCGGACUGAAACAGAGUGGAGCCAUGGCUUUGGAACACAACCAGUCAACAGAUUACUAUUAUGAGGAAAAUGAAAUGAAUGAUACCCAUGACUAUAGUCAAUAUGAAGUGAUCUGUAUAAAAGAAGAGGUCAGAAAAUUUGCCAAAGUUUUCCUGCCUGCCUUCUUCACAGUAGCUUUCAUCAUUGGACUUGCAGGUAAUUCCAUAGUAGUGGCCAUUUAUGCCUAUUACAAAAAGCAGAGAACCAAAACCGAUGUGUACAUCCUGAAUUUGGCAGUGGCAGAUUUACUCCUUCUAUUCACUCUGCCCUUCUGGGCAGUUAAUGCAGUUCAUGGGUGGGUUUUAGGGAAAAUCAUGUGCAAAGUCACUUCAGCCUUGUACACAGUCAACUUUGUCUCUGGAAUGCAGUUUCUGGCUUGUAUCAGCAUAGACAGAUACUGGGCAGUAACGAAAGGCCCCAGUCAACCAGGAGUGGGAAAACUGUGCCUGCUCAUCUGUUUCUGUGUCUGGAUGGCUGCCAUCUUGCUGAGUAUACCUCAGCUGGUUUUUUACACAGUCAAUCACAAAGCGAGGUGUGUACCCAUCUUUCCAUACCAGCUAGGAACAUCCAUGAAAGCACUGAUUCAAAUGCUGGAAAUCUGCAUUGGGUUUGUAAUACCCUUUCUUAUUAUGGGAGUGUGCUACUUCAUCACAGCAAGGACUCUCAUCAAGAUGCCAAACAUUAAAAAAUCUCGGCCCCUCAAAGUUCUGCUCACAGUGGUCCUAGUUUUCAUCGUCACUCAGCUGCCUUAUAACAUUGUCAAGCUCUGCCAAGCCAUAGACAUCAUCUACUCCCUGAUCACUGACUGUGACAUGAGCAAACGCAUGGAUGUUGCCAUCCAAAUUACAGAGAGCAUCGCACUCUUUCACAGCUGCCUCAACCCAGUCCUGUAUGUUUUCAUGGGAGCCUCUUUUAAAAACUACAUUAUGAAAGUGGCCAAGAAAUAUGGGUCCUGGAGAAGACAAAGACAAAAUGUGGAGGAGAUUCCUUUCGAUUCUGAAGAUGUUACAGAACCAACGAGCACUUUCAGCAUUUAAAUAUAAAACCGCUCUGUGUCUUGCUUUGAUACACAUGAAUGAUGCUUUUCCCCCAGAUCAAACAUCUGCAUUACUCUGAAACGCAAAUCUCAAACACUGUAGUGGCAAUGUAUAAAAGAAAAGAGGUUGGGUGGGGAAGGGGGGUGGGACAGAAGCCAAGAAAAAGAGGAAACAUAAUAAUAAAUGUAAAAAACAUGGAAAUGAAAAUUAACAAUAAAGGAAAACAGUAGU